UAUCUCCCUCCUCUCAUACAAACAAAAACACCAACCCCUAUCAACACUCGAAAGAACACAGAUUCCUUUGACAGAAGAAUUCUGAACAACGUAGGAGGGAGGAUAAGAUGAUGAUGAUGAAGAAACAUCCCUCUUGUAGUGUUCCAAACACAACCCCUUCAUCAUCACUAGGUUUAAACAAAGAUUCCCAAACAAUAUCCAAACUGAAGCCCCCCAAGAUCCGGAUAAUUCACAUUUUCGCCCCGGAGAUCAUCAAGACGGACGUGGAGAACUUCCGGGAGAUGGUGCAAAGGCUCACCGGAAAGCCGCCGGAGAAGCAAAGCGGCAAGAAAAGAGCGAGGAAGGUCGCGGAGUCGAUAAUUCCGGCCAAGAAAAUGGAGGUAAGAGCUGGGCUCCAACCCGCAAGUUUGAGAGAAAAGAUUGAAGAUGAGAUUUGGUGCGGUGGGAACUCCGGCGGCGGUUUCUUGGGCGGUUUGCCGGAGUUUGACGGUUUCAUGGAAGAGCUUAACUGUAUUCCGUUCCCAAUACUCCCUUUGGAUGUUCCGGUCUACAAUCCGGCCGACAACAUCGCCACCUGAUUCUAAACUUUGGGUCGGUGCAUUAAGAUCAUCAUGGCCGUUCAUUAAUUAUUAUGAUUCUGUAGUAGUUAGUUACGUUGUUUUUUUCAAAAACGUAUUUAGGGAUUAAUUUAUUUAUUUAAUAUUCUGUCUUAA